AUGUUGAGUGGGGAGUGCUCACCCGAUGUUGGAAACUGGGAGAGGAGAAGCGACGAGGACAGGUCUGGCGAGCCCUGCCACAAGAGCAACACGAUGAAGAAGGAGUUCAACAGCAGGAUGGAUGCCCUGAUUGAGUUCACGGAUAGCUCUCGUAAUAGGAUCUCUCUGAUGGAAUCCCAAAACAAGACAAAGAAGAGAGAACUAGAGGACGAGUACCUGUUCUUAAAAAAAAUAGGAGAUGUGUGCAAACUCAGUUGCGACUAUUACUUGGAGACAAAUGUCAGUUUUCACGAAGCCUGCGAGAAUUUUAAAAUUCUGUUCAGGGCGUUUGAGGAGUCUCUUGUUAACGUAAAGAGGAAAGGAGAUGAGGCAGACGUGGUUGCAGAGAAGCUGAGCAAAGUAGAGGACAAGGUCAACCUUCAAAUGAGAGAGAGCGAAGAGGCGUGCGAAACAUCGAAGAAGGAACUAGUCCUGCUCCAAACAGAUGUCCACUACAUGAGGAACGAAUCUGCUAAUAUUGUGAAUAGAAUAAAAGAAGUGGACUACCAAAUAAAUCAGCACAAGGAGGCCUUCGAGUCGUUUCAUAUAUUGACCCACCUGAACACAGAGCGUAUUGCGGUUCUACAGAAUGACUUCACGAAGAUGGAGGAGGAGCGGGAGGAGGUGUUGAGGGGCAUCGAGGAGGCCGGGACUGCCGCGGUUGCUGCGGGGGACGGUCUGGUUGUGCAGAGGGGGCAGCUGGAGGAGGAGAGGGAAGCCCUGCUCGGGAAGGAACGCGAACUGACCCACAAGAAGGAGAAGCUAGCCAUACGGAGGAGCGAAGCCAAGUCGGACAACGACCGGCUCAAGUCGCAGAUGCAGUUCAUGCAAAACCAGCUGUCAUCACAGGAGAAUUUUCUGAGCGUCAUUAAGUAUGGCCUGGAUGGAAGUAUCCGCACGAGGGAAGAACUCAGUUCCGUUUUGGGAGGAAUAAACAGGGAGAUAGAUGAUGUCAACGACCUGAUGGAGGUUUCCAGGAGAGAAGAGGUGGAGGAGAGGAAGAAGUGCCACGAAAUGGAAGACAAAGUUAAGCAGCUAGGUACAAAGCUGGAAGGAUGUGAAAUGCAGUUAGAGGUACUUGUGCAGGAGGAAAAGACGAUGCGAGGGAAGGUCGAACGAGAACGAAGCAACGCCAACCAGAACCUGCUAAACCAGUUGGUUAAGGAGAAGAAGUUGAUAGAUGGUGAGAUUGGGAGCUACCAGGAGGAGGCGCGCAAGUUGGUUCUACGGGAGGGGGGCAAGCUGGAGGGGUCAUUAGGUGGUCUUUUAGAUGGUUUCCUGUCUAGUGUUCCCCUUCCAGAGAACGAGUUGAAUACGGAAAACCCUACAAGGUCAGUCCAGCGGGAGAAUCCCCUUGACGCACACUCCCCCGCGAGUGAAACAUUCCUGAAGGGGUUGCAGGAAGCCAUAGACGGUCUCAAGGAAAAAAUCAACGAAGAGCAAAACACAGUUUGGAGAAAGGAAAGAGAAGUGGAAAGAAUAAAUGCCCUCACUAGUGAGGUGCGCCGUAAAGUACAUGUUGAAGAGGAUAAAGGGACCAAGUUAGACACCUUGUUGGAGGAAAAAAAGGAUCAGCUCACAAAACUUAGGGAAAAGCAAAAAGCAGUGGAGAAGAAACUCUCUCUCAUGCACGACGUGAUGAAAAAGGAGAAACACAAUUAUGAGGAGAAAAAAAAGGAAGCGAAAAAAAUGGAAGAGAAAAUUCAACAUGAUAAGGAAGUAGAGAAAGAGGAACUAUCCCUACUUGAGAAGGAGUACAAUGACAAGAAGGAAAAACUGUUGUACUCAUCUGGGGAUGGACUUAUGAAGGUGAGUUCUUUGGAUAAGAGAAAACUGAAGGACGAUGUGGAUGCGUAUUUAGCAAAGACGAAAGGAGAGUUCGAUUUAAAGAAGAAACAGUUCGAAAAGGCCGAGAGGGAGAAAUACGAAGAGAUAAGCAAUCAGUUGGACGGAGAGCUUAAGCGGAAGGAAGACUUAAUUGCUUACUAUGAGGAGUUGAUUAGCAGGAAAGAGAAAAUGGGUGUGACGUCUGGAAGUAGCGGUGCUGCUUCGCAUGAGCGGUUGGUUGGCAUGGGCAACACGAAGCGGGUGGACAGCCGAUCCCACCGGUCCGGUCCCUCCUCGGAGAGAAGGAGGUCCUCCCAACGGGGCGGAACCGUUAACAGAAGUACCAGCGGUGUUAGCAGGAGUUCCAACAGUAUUAGCAGCAGUAUUGACACCGCUGUUAACAACAGUGUUAAUGGUGACGCCAUCGGUACGAAUGCCCGCAAGCCGCUGAACCCGCCCGACACGUACAAGUUCAGCUACUUCGAUGUGACCUCCCCUGGGGAAAUGAGGAAAAACAUGAAUAUCCCAAACAGGUCCGUGAAGUCACCGCACAUUGCAAGGCUGCUAGAGAAAAUAAAACUCAGGAAGGAAUGUCAGACGCUUGUUGGUACUAAAAAGGUGCCCUUGAACCAGGUGAGCAGCAGCGAUGGCAGACGGAGCAGGACCAUCGGGGGGACCUCUUCCAACAGGGCCAGCACGGGGAAAAGUAGCAAGGGUGCAAGUCGGAACAAGCCCUUCCCCAACGCGAAGGCACCCAAGAGCAAUGACUCCUUCGACCUGUUCCACCAUCUGUAA